CUUCUUCAAAGCAGUCUCUCUCUCUCUCCAACGGAUUGUUAAAGCCCUAUAAAGAUCCAACCCGAUCUUUCCUUAAUUCUCUGUCUGUUGAUUUCGUCCUCCCUCUUAAUAUUCUAUCAUUUCCUCAAGUUUUAUCAAAUAUUACUACUUAUAAUAUCCUUGAUCACCCCACCACAUACACACAAUGCCCCUCAUCAACACAACAGAAGUCAAUGAGGACACCCGUGUCCUUGGAUACGACCCUUUGCUGUCCCCUCAGUACCUUCAAUCCGAGAUCCCAGCUCCUGCGGAAGCCACCGCCACUGUCCGAUCUGGUCGCAACCAAGCCAUUGAAAUUAUUGAGCAGCGCGAUGACCGUCUCUUGGUGAUGGUUGGCCCUUGCUCCAUUCAUGACCCAGCCACCGCUCUCGAAUAUGCAUCCCGUCUGAAGGAGCUCUCUGCGAAGCUCUCCUCCGACCUCUGUAUCAUCAUGCGCGCCUACCUGGAGAAACCCCGCACCACGGUCGGAUGGAAGGGCCUGAUCAAUGACCCAGACAUUGACGAGUCCUACAACAUCAACAAGGGUCUCCGCAUCUCACGUAAGCUCUAUGCUGAUCUGACUGGCAUGGGCAUUCCUAUCGCCAGUGAGAUGCUCGAUACCAUCUCCCCUCAGUACCUUGCAGACCUCAUCUCGCUCGGAGCCAUUGGUGCCCGUACCACCGAGUCGCAGCUGCACCGUGAGCUGGCUUCCGGUCUGAGCUUCCCCAUCGGCUACAAGAAUGGCACUGAUGGCAACCUGACCGUCGCCAUUGACGCCAUCGGCGCCGCCGCUCACCCCCACCGUUUCUUGGGUGUCACCAAGCAGGGUCUCGCUGCCAUCACCAAGACCUCGGGUAACGAGCACGGUUUCGUCAUCAUGCGUGGUGGCAGCAAGGGCACCAACUACGACCGUGACAGCAUCCGUCAGGCUCGGGAAGCUUUGCGCGGUAAGAAGCAGCGCGAGGUCCUCAUGGUCGACUGCUCCCAUGGCAACUCCAACAAGAACCACCGCAACCAGCCUCUGGUCGCCAAGGAAGUUGCAGACCAGAUGCGCGAGGGCCAGGACGCCAUUGUCGGUGUCAUGAUCGAGUCCAAUAUUCAUGAAGGUAAUCAGAAGGUUCCCGCGGAGGGUCCCUCUGGCCUCAAGAAGGGCGUCAGCAUCACCGACGCCUGCAUCGACUGGGAGACCACCGUCACCGUCUUGGAAGAUCUCGCCGAUGCUGUCCGUGCUAGACGUGCUGCCAAGGCAUCGAAUGGCGCUAACUAAAGUGAUCAUGAACUGUGUUAGCUGAAGAAGCUUUGCCCUUUGUCUCUUUCGGAGACGGUUUCGUUAUAGAUACCAGACCUGUAGUAGUGUCUUUUCCCUUCUUCUGUCGGCUUCUUUUUGAGUACCAGCAUUUCAAACGAUGUUUUUCUUUCGGGCAGUUUACGUUAUUGGAUCGGAAAAUUUGGCGGCCGGGGUAGAUACAAUGAUCUUGCAAAAGUCACUUUUUUUCCCACCCCUUUUUUACCAGAUGCUGUUAUGCUGGAU